CGGAAAUAGUGUAAAAUAAAAAAUGGCAGAAGUGAAGGCAGAAGCGAAGGCUACUGUUGAAAUUCCGAAAGAGGAAGAAAAAGAACUUAUUGAAACCCCUAUCGAGCAAGGGGUGAAAAGAGAAAGGGAAGAAGCAGACGAGGAGGUGAAGGAGGCAGGAAGUACUGAGCCAUCAGGAGAGGCUGAAAAAGGAGAAUCAUCAGAUCUAACACCAAACGCUAAGAAAAUGAAGGUGGAAGUGAAAGAAAGGAGGGAGAAAAAACAAAAGGUUGAUGAGGAUGAGAUUCAAAAGAUGCAGAUCCUGGUUUCCUCUUUUUCUGAGGAGCAACUGAAUCGAUACGAAAUGUACAGAAGAUCAGCGUUUCCUAAAGCUGCCAUUAAACGGCUUAUUCAGUCUAUUACUGGCUGCUCUGUGUCCCAGAAUGUUGUCAUCGCGAUGUCUGGUAUUGCCAAGGUCUUUGUUGGAGAAGUUGUGGAAGAAGCCUUGGAUGUGUGUGAGAAGUGGGGUGAGAGCCCUCCCUUGCAACCCCGACAUAUGCGUGAAGCUCUGAGACGACUGAAAUCUCAUGGACAGAUUCCAGAUUCUAAACACAAGAAGAUCCUGUUCAAUUAAUGUUAAUGCCAAUGAUGGUUAUACAGGGAUAACUUCCAUCUGACCUCUUUCUGUGUCAGAAGAAUAUUAGUCAGUUAACUACUAAUACAGUUAUACCCCAUAAUGGGGAAGUCUUCUGAUAUCAUUAAAGCUGAUCAUACUUAAAUUCUAAGUGAUGUUAAAAAAUAAUAAUAAUAAUGAUGAUCAUAUAAGGGCUUUUUUGGUGUCGUAUGUUAAGUGAAACAUUAAGUUAUUUUGUAUGUUUUAAAUAAAACUGUUUUCAUUUUC